UAAUUUAUAUUUUGAAAUUUAUGUUUAUAUUUUGCAGGCUCAAAUGUUACAAUCUUUAUUGAUUUUACUAUUAUCACUACAAAAUAUUAUUUUCAGCUUUGUACUACUUUUACCAACAUCAUUUUGUCAAAUUAUCAAUGAUGGUCAUAACAAUUAUCAGAACAUGCCUAUCUCUCAAAUUCAGAGGAAUAACUUUAAUAAAUGGCAAUCUGGAAGGCAUCCAUCACUGUUAAAUGUUUUGAAUAAUAUUAAUCAACAAACACUUGAACAAUUACAUCAAAGACAGCAAAAUUCUCAACAAAAUUCUUUGCAAUUUCCAAAUUUUCAACAAAAACAGCAAAAUUAUAAUCAACAACAACCAUAUUAUUUGAAUAAUCAAAAAGGCUUGAUUCGUCUUCCAAAUAAUAAUAAUGCUGAAAGUAGUGAAAAAGGGGAAGCAAUAGUUACUGAAAUAAAACCUGCAUCGCUUACUCAUAUUUCUGGGCAACAUUCAUUUUUGGUUGAUAGUCGAGAAAUAUUAAUCCCUCCACCACCACCACCUCUUCAGCCUUGGCGUCGUUUAAAAAACAUAACACAAAACGAGGAAGAAGAAAAUGAAGAAGAGAAUAUAGAGCCUUUUGAACAACAACAACAAAAUUUAUUAUUAAAUGGACCUUGUUUAACUGCAAAUUGUAAAACCUGGAUAACAAUAACUAUUCCAAGUGAAUUAGUUGGCAUACCUUCAGGAAUUGGUAGUAAUACUGGUGGAGGUGGUAAAACAGAAGAAAAUGGCAAUGGAAGGCAUCGACUUAUUGUUCCUCCAAAACCAUUACCUUCUAUCGAAUCAAAACCUUCAAUGCCUCCAUUUCCUCCAAAACCAAUGCCCAAACCUUUACCGCAUCGCAGUAGAGGUUCACCUUCUCCAAAGAACAGACCUAAAGGAGCAACUACAACAACAGUUAAUUCUACUAUAUCUUCUGCUACAACAAAAGCUUAUCCACCGGACUUUGUAUUCAGCACAAAAUGGAUUUUGCCUGUCGAUGGUAGGACAAAGAGCAAUAAUGAAACUAAUACUGAUAGUAAUAAUACUGGUGGAACUAUCACUUCUUCAACUCAACCAACUUCUAUUCGUGGAAUUGAAAGCCUACCCUUUACAAUUCGACCAAAAUCAUCAAAUGCAUUAAUACCAAAGGAGAGGCCAUCAGCUAAAAAGCCUUCCAAUUCAAUUCCAUCAAAACCUUGGACACAUUCUUCCGCUUCAUCAAAUCAUGCAAAAGCUCGUCCUCCGUCGGAAAAGCAAGCUCCACGUCCUCAAACUCCAGAUACAACAAUUGAACAGGCUGCUAUUUGGGCUAGCACAGAACUUAUUGAUGCUAUUCGUGAAGCGCUUGCAAAGUUUCGUGCAACACUCAAUAAGCAUGAUGAGCAACUAAGCCAUCAGCAUCCUCAUAUUUCAAAAAAAGAAGAAUUUGAUAAUCCAGAAGAGGCAGAACGUGAACUUAAUGCACAAUUACAGUCUGCAUUGGAAAUAUUACGAGGGACAUGGCUAGAACAUACUGUUGAAGAUCUAGCCCAACAAACUGAUGCAUUAGGUAAAGAAAGACGUGCAAGAGAAAAUUUAAGAAUAAAACGAAAUGAAAAAAGGAACUCAACAACAACAAAUAAUUAA